AUGAGUAUUCAAUCACCUUCAACAGCUUGUGUAUCUCCUGAAGAAGUAGCAUCAGCAAUGAAUUUAGCAUUUGCACAAUUUUUAUCUGAUGAACCAACAGCUAUGAUGUUAAUGUCAUCACAAUCAUCAAACAAUUCGAAUUCUAAUCAUUAUCCUUCUACAUCAACAACAACAUCAGUUGAUAAUAAUAACAAUAACAGUAACAUGACACAUACUAAUAGCAGUAGUGCAAUUUUUUUUGGCUCACAACGUAGACAUAGAAGACCACCAACACCUUAUGCAAUAACAACUGAUUAUACAGGCGAAUCAACUACACCUUCGUUACCUCGAUAUAAAACCAUUGUAAAAUUAACCACAUCCUCGACACAAUCUCCACUUGAAUGUUCAUCGUCUGAUCUUCCAACAACGUCGAAUGAGUUGAAUGAUUAUUCAGGAUUUCUAAUAACAGCACCUUCGCAACCUUCUACAUCUUCGUCUACUAUUACCACAUGUACAACAACUACACCAACAGUCAAUCGUAAAAAACGUUCUAUAUCAAAUGAAUAUGAUUAUCCAUCUUCAAUAUCAAAUCAAAAACGAUUUCGUUCUUCUACUAUAACACCUAAUUGGAUAUCAGACGAAUCGGAUGAUGACGACUCAGAACAAAUACAAACUGUCGCUACUAAUUCUACAACUACGACAGCCGCCGCUAUUGCUGCUGCAGUGACAGCUUCUCUAUUAACUGCUAAUAAUCAUAAUAAUACAACAACAUUAUCGGUUGUUAGAGAAAAUGAUUUAACAACAACAGCUAGAAAUGAAUUUUAUGAUUUCACAAUUGAUUCAACGGAACCAGAAUUAGUCGAUUUAACAAUACCAUCUCCCGCUCAACAUCAUAGAAGAACGUUGGAGAUUGUUCCAGAUGAAAGUUUUAGUGACGAUGACAAUGAUGAGGAACAAAUACAACGUCAACAAAUCAACAAAGUAGAACAACCUACAGCAACCUCCUCUUCUUCAACUUCAGUUUCUCGACCAACAGGCAAUUGUCAUUCAUUGAGAUCUAUUACUCAUCAAUCUCCGCAUCAUCAACAACAAUCAGCGUUUAUUCCUGUUUUUCAUCAUCAAUAUCAACAGCAAUUCAAUUUUCAUCGACAUAGUCACCACAGUUUACGACGCGGAAAUUCUGCCACAUUGUGUACAUCAGACAACGGUCACUCGCAUCGACGUCAAUCUGAACAUUGCAAUGGUGCUUCAUUAAUAUUUCGCUCAAAUCAUCCUCAGCCUUACCCUCCACCACCGCCUCAUCAUCAUCUGUCUCAUCCAAUUAAUCCAUAUGGUUGCCGUGUAGCCCCACGCAAUCCAACUGUCGUAUGUCCAUCGAAUUCUUCGUCAGCUAUUCAACCUAACGCAAAUCAUCUGCAGAAUUCUAGUCUUCCCUCUUCAUUUAUUUUAUAUCCACAAGAAGAGCACAUUGCAGCUGCGGCAGCCGCCGCUGCUGCUGCUGUUGCCGUAUCAUCUACUCUCAAUUCAAAUCCACAUUAUAUUACGCCUAUUCCAAAUGGAACAAAUCAUCACAUUCCUCAUUAUCAUCAUCCACACCAUUUACGACUGUCUUAUCAACAACAAGCAAAUCAAGAAAGACAACGUCAACGGCAAAUAAUUGAUUAUCAAAAUCAUCAUCAUGUAAACGCAAUGUUUCAGCAACAACAACAACAAUCUGCAUCGUCUAAUAUUCAGGCACAUGUUACUAUUCAAGCUACACCGCCCACAACCACAUCAACAACAAAUUCAUAUCAUUUAACAUUUGGACCCGGUAUGCAUUUAUCGAUUGGUUCUAGUACAACAAGUCAGGCAAACUCAACGACAAAUCAUCCGGCUCAACAAGUAAAUAAUGGUUGGCCACCAAUUUUAUUUCGACCAUUACGUAAUCCAUUAAUUGUUCGUGGACAACAAUUUUUGGGUUCAGAACGUGCUGAACAUGUUGUUGAAGAAUUUUUACGAAUGGAAGAACAGUUAAAUGGUACAAUGCAACAGGGUGGUGGCGUAAAUAUGGGUGCAACACAAGAACAAAUAAAUAAAACAACAUUAGCACAUAAAUAUCAUAAACGAAAACAACAAUAUAUAGAUAUAACAGAAUCGAGUCAUUUAGAAAAAUGUACAAUAUGUUUGUGUGAAUUUGACGAGAAUGAAGAUGUUCGACGUUUACCAUGUAUGCAUCUAUUUCAUAUACCAUGUGUUGAUCGAUGGUUAUCGACAAGUAGACGAUGUCCUAUUUGUCGUAUUGAUAUUGAAUAUAAAGGAGAUUUUAUUGAUUAUGGUUGUUGA